AUGGGAUUUGCUGAUGUUGUGGAAAAGAAAAGGGAAGAAGCUCAGAAAAGAAAAAACAACUCAGAACGUCCAGUUAGAAAGAAAAUCAGGAAAUUGACAGACGCGAAACAAAAACAAAAUGACUAUGGCCCCGCCAGUUUAGAUCCGGAUAUGUCCCAGUCUGAACUAGAAGUAGCUAAAGAACAAUUUCUAAAAAAUUUAGAAACUCUUACUGCUGACAAGGACGCAAUUGAGCGUAAUACAAUAUUACAAAGAGACAGUAGCGAAUGGUUAGAAAUUCGAAAAAAUCUUAUUACUGCCUCUAAUUUCGGCCCUAUUUGCAAAAGGCAAGUAUCAAAAGACACCGCACCGCUGGUAAAAAAUAUUAUAUAA